ACUAAAGAAUAAUAGUAUUAUUAUCUGAAAUUUAAACGCGAACUGCGAAGAUACCAAAUUGGAAAUCGCCAAUAAUUGGAGUGUCUUGUAGUUGUGUACAAUAGUUAUAGUUUAUCAAUCGUAAAUUGUAAAUUUUAAUCAAUUAUUUUUCAACAACUCUCUCAAGUAGCCAGGCGCCAAACACGAUUACUCGAGUAAAAUUCCGAGUUAUCGUAAUUUGUAAUUCGUAAGUAUAGAUUUUAAAAUUUUUAUUUUAUACAAUGAGUGGUAAAACAAAACAAAAAAAUAUGGCUGACUAUAUCACAACAACCACAGAUAACUCAAAAAAAAGAGCUCGAAACAAUGAUGGAGAUGAUUCAGAAUCUAAAAAGCCUAAAUCAGGACAAGUUGAUUUGAAUAAAAUAAAUUUUAAUUGUGAAAAAAAAAAUGCCAAAGGCCUUACUUGGAAUCUAAAAAUUGUUUCAUGGAAUGUUGCCGGACUUAGAGCAUGGCUUAAAAAAGAUGUUGUACAGUAUCUUAAAAAGGAGAAUCCUGAUAUAAUUUGUCUACAAGAAAUUAAAUGCACUGAAAAACAAAUGCCAGAAGAAGCAAAAUUACCUGGAUAUAAAAUUUAUAUUAAUUCAGGUGACAAGGCUGGUUAUUCAGGAGUAGCUUUAUAUUCUAAAAAGAAGCCUAUUAGUGUGAGGAUGGGAAAAGAAAUAAAAGAAUUGGACGAUAAUGAAGGUCGGGUUAUUGAAGCAGAAUAUGAACAAUUUUUCCUGGUUUCUACUUAUAUUCCAAAUGCAGGUGCAGGGUUAAAAACUUUACCAAAAAGAAUGAAAUGGGAUGAGGAAUUUCGUAAAUACUUGAAAGAGUUAGAUACUAAGAAACCAGUUGUGUUAACAGGAGAUUUGAAUGUUGCUCAUGAAGAAAUUGAUAUUGCAAACCCAAAAACAAAUACAAAAAGUGCAGGUUUUACUAAAGAAGAAAGAGACAAUAUGUCAUUACUUCUUGAACAAGGAUUUAUUGAUACAUUUAGAACAUUAAACCCUGAGAAAACUGGAGCCUACACUUUUUGGACAUAUUUUCAUAACUCAAGAGCUAAAAAUGUUGGAUGGAGACUAGAUUAUUUUAUUUCAUCAAAAAGGUUCAUGGAUAAUGUAUGCGAUAGUGAUAUACGAAGUGAAGUACUAGGUAGUGAUCACUGUCCAAUUGUAUUUUACAUUAAUGUUUGAUUAUAAAAAUAUUUUUGAAAUGUUGUAAGACUAAUGAAAUAUAAAUUGUACAAAUUACUUUUGUAAGUGAUUUAAAAAUUGUCAGUUAACAUACUAUUAAUUUUUAAAUCAAUCAUUCAAAUCAUUGUAUGUAACUAAACCU